AUGGGUUUUGGUCAAAGUUUCAUGUCAUGCAGGAAUAAGUCAGCAUAUCAAAAAGAUCAUAGUAAACGAAGUCUGAAACUUAGGCAGGCCUGUCGAGACUAUGCGAAUACUUUUAAUACAAAAACUUCACUUUAUUUAUUAUGUGGAAUGAAAGAUCAAAGCAGUUUAUUUAUAUAUGAUACUGAGAGUGAUAGUAAAAAAACUCUAAUUUGAAAAAUUAUAGAGCACACACACUAUUAUAGGUAA